CUCAAUUUGCACACAUUCUCGGACUUUUUGCCGAAGCUCAACUUCGCUGUCACCCAGAUCAAUUACAUUUUGUAUUAUAGGCAUUUUGUAGCCUGCACCGGCUCCACACAAACGACAUGCUCUAUAUAUCUCGUAAAUAGUCUGUUUAUCUUUUGUGGAAUUCAAUUGGCGAUCCAUUUUCGACAUGGUUGCAUUUCAAAGGAAAUCACCAGCUACGACGACGAUUGCCGCUUUUCCGCCAUUAGAAAUGAUACCACAGUGAAAAUAUGUCAUUGGAGAAAAAUCAAUGUGAAAAAUAAACUCAUUGCAUUUUUUGACAAAGUCGACUAAUACGAUUUAUUUAAAUAAGACUUAUUUCUAAAUGUUAACGAGACCAAACAAAUUAAUAUAAGGUAAUAAAUAAUAUCUUUCUUCAUUCCGAUAGUUUCAACAAGAAUUAUUUUAUCGAAUAAAGACUAUUGCUUAAAAACAUAAUUAGUUAAGAUCAGCUUGUUCUUUAAAAUUGUAUGCAAUUACGAGGAUGUAGAUUCAAAUCCAAAUGAUUGCCCACCAUGUUUAUUUAUUAGUGUCAACCAAAUAACAAUAUAAUUUAAUUUAAAAAAAUAAACAAUUCACACAUCACAUCCCUAGGUAAAAUUGUCUUUGCGUUACUAUUGUCUAUUUAUUCUGUACCUCUACUAUUGUCUUUGGUCGCCUCCUUACCUACUAAGUUACUAACAUUCUAUUCUCUGUGGUGUUGUCAAUGUGCGAGACGAUUUGCAUGGUGUUUAUCCUUUGAAUUUUGCAAAAAAGUGUUAAUUAAAGUGUGUUUUUGUGAUAAUACGCCUAGGAAGUGUCGGCGCGAGCCGAAUAUAAGUUCAUAAGUGCAUUGUUACAUAAGCAAUGAUUGUCUCCGAAUAAGUUUAGUCGUAAGAAAAUUGAACAGAGUAUUCGAAAAGAAACAACGCGCGGAUAUAAGACUUCAAGAUGUUCCAAAAACCAGCCUUCGGAUCCACUACGGCCAAUUUUGGCUCUUUUAACUCCGGUACAUCGACUGCUUCCCCUUUCGGGGGUUUUAAACCGACGACAGGAACGAGCGCUUUUGGGGCACCUCCAGCUUUCGGAGCAGCAACGUCAACCCAACCCGCGACUGGUGGCGGUCUUUUCGGGUCUACUAAUACGACCGGUGGUCUUUUCGGUGGGUCUACUGCGUCUACUUCGACAUCGGGUUUUGGAGCGAGCACCUCGGGCUUCGGUUUCGGAGCCACCCAGCCGGCCAGCGGAGGCCUGUUUGGCAAUACCUCGACUGUUGGAGGUGGUCUUUUCGGGAACACCCAUAACCAAACUGCUUUCGCUGCUAAGCCUACUGGAUUCGGUUUCGGUAGUACGACAACAACAGGAGCUACCACAGGUGGUCUCUUCGGGUCUACUCCAUCCACAGGCACCGGUCUAUUUGGCCAGCAGACCAACACCCUGGGCGGAGGGGGGCUAUUCUCCAAUAACACUGCAGGUGGAUUCGGGCAGCAACAGACCACUGCGACGGGAACAGCGCAUGUCAAAUACAACCCCGUCGUUGGGUCCGAUGUUGUCGUCAAAUCCGGGACCUCGCAGACUGUCAGCAUCAAACACCACUGCAUCACCUGUAUGAAGGAAUAUGAAAACAAAUCGCUAGAGGAACUUCGCUUAGAAGAUUACGUGGCUGGUAGAAAAGGAAACACGACCGGAGUGUUCGGAGGGUUCCAGCCUCAGGCUGAAAAUAAACCCCUCUUUGGUGGUAGCACAUUCGGUCAGGCGGCCACGACUAGCGCUCCGUCCGUGUUCGGAGGCUCCGCCCUCGGUACUACAGGGGGCUUUGGUGCGCAGAACUCGUCAUUCUCCUUUGCCAACAAUGCGCAAACUACAAACACUACCGGCCUGUUUGGAGCCAACAAACCGGCUUUUGGAGCUACUUCUACAGCUGGUGGAACCGGACUAUUUGGUGCUACUACAACGCAAACGCAAGCUCCAACGUUCGGUACAAAUACUUCCACAUUCGGUUUCGGUUCAAACACACAGAAUCAGCAACAAUCGAGCGGUCUUCUCUUUGGCGCCGCGAAACCAGCUCAGCCAGCGUUCGGCGCGACCCCCGCCAGUAGUGGCUUCGGCGCCUUCGGGACCGGCGGGGUCUUUGGGGCCAAGACACAGGCACCCAGCUUCGGCACUCAGGCACCCGCUUUCGGAUCAAUGACCUCCGGUGGAUUUGGCACGAAUACCUCUACGGCGAGCGGUGGACUCUUCGGAGGUGGUCAGACCGGGUUCGGGAAACCCGCUACGGGACCUACGUUCGGCUUCGGUACCACACCCCAAACUGGACUUGGUACAGGUCUAGGCGGAGGCCUCGGCAGUAACACGUUCCAAGCCAAGCCGGCAGCCCCCGCCUUUGGUCAACUCGGGAGCACGCCCUUCGCCACGCAACAAGCCAACAAUACUAUGUUUAAAACCGGUUUGGACACAUCCCUUGGUGGCGGCCUUUUUGGUAACAAUUCAUCUCUCACCGGCGGACUAGGGCUUGGGAUGCAAAACAACCAAAAUAAUGCUAUCAACAAUUCGCUCUCCGGUUCAUCUGCGGCGGGCAAUGUACACGAGCAGAUUCUGACUCUCGCCGCGAGACCCUACGGAGACUCGCCCCUCUUCAAGGAUCUACUCCCUGACUCUUCAACUACAGCGGAAGACGUCUUGAAGCCGACAAACCCGGCUGCAGUACAGGCAGUAUUAGAACGGUCCGGGUCUACCCAGUACCGGGUCACAUCCCCGGUUGGCCCCCGCCUCGCAUUAACCCCGCGGUCCGCGCUACAGCACGACAAGGUAUCCCCUACCCUGGUUCUGCAUGAUAAGAAAUCUCUCUUCGAUGGCUUAGAAGAAUCAGACGCAAGCUUAGAAGAUAAACUCAGCUUGAAACCGAGCCGUAAGCGUCUCGUGUUACGACCGAAUCAGAGAGCCAACGAGAGCCACCAUGACAGCGUCGAUCACAGCAACAAUGAAAACGCCAGGUCAAUGGAAGAGCCACCAAGGUCUAAUGGGGCGCCUCUCUCCCACGAGGCGACUUCUGAUCAGCCAAACAUUGACGAAGUGGAUCGAAGACAGGAGGAGUAUAUCUCUUUAAAAGAUGCUGGGAAACAAGCUGAUGUCAGCGCUGGCUCCGACAAACACGGCAGUUGGCUCAGCGCUUCGAAGAUGUGGAAUGAUAAGGAGCGUCCCAUUGAUGGGGAACCAACCCCAAGGCUGUACCCUAAUAUCGACAAAGACAUACAAGCGCAAGUCACGGAGCGUCGCGCAAGUUGGCUGACAACCAAACCUUUGCGCAAACCGCUCGCCAGUAACCCGGAGUCUGCUGAGCAUUCCGUCAGGGAGCUCGCGGGUAGGACCGACACAUCGCACGAUAAGGAGAAUGUUGAUACUCUGUCGGUUUCAGAGGAGGAGAAUAUUGCACCAAGGGAGGUUCCUCCUCAUCCGACAGGAGUGAAACUCACUCGUCCCGGCUAUUACACUAUCCCCUCAUUGGAUGAGAUGAUUGCGUACAUGCGUCCGGACGGGUCUUGCGUUGUCCCGCAUUUGACUAUUGGUCGGAAGAACUAUGGCAAUGUAUACUAUGAUUGCGAAAUUGAUGUCGCCGGCAUGGACCUCGAUAGUUUAGUGCACUUCUUGAACAAAGAGGUAAUAAUCUACCCGGAUGAGUCUGAGAAGCCUCCUCUAGGGGAGGGUCUAAACCGACGCGCCAUUGUAACCCUAGACCGCGUCUGGCCGAGAGACAAGAGUGAAAAGCGAGCUAUAACUGAUCCAGAAAGACUAGCGAAAAUGGAAUACGAAUGGAAGUUACGUCGGGUCUGCGACAAGCACAACACGAAAUUCAUAGAGUACCGUCCCAGCUCCGGUAGCUGGGUGUUCCGCGUCGAGCACUUCAGUAAAUACGGUCUCACUGACUCCGACGAAGACGAUGAUGUACCGGAACUCAUGAAGAGACAGCUCGUCACUCAAGUCCUGCAGAAGACCGCGGCGCCUACCCCCAAACAGCCGGUAGCGACCCCAUCGGCGGGGUUAGGAGGUCUGGGUGCCCCCCCUCUGAUCCCUGAAGACAAUCUUUUCGCCAUGCAGCAGACCUCGCUGAACCUUCUCAAUGGAGCUGGGAAAGCUUUCGAAAUGGAUACGACUGAAGACAAUACUGAAUCUCAGAGUUUAUAUUUGGAUAAUCGAGCAUUCGGUGUAAAGAGUCCGACAAGUGAAUUGGCGCGUUUGGAACACCGACAGAGCCACAAUGUCCAGCUUAUGAAGGCGUCCUUAUACGCCGACACUGAAAUGGAAGACGAUGCGUCUGUGUCGACUGGGGAUCAGUUGGUUCCUGUAUCGGUCCCACUACUGUCCGUGCCUACACUGGCGCCCUCUGCAGUCAGGGAGGAACUACCAGUUGUUGAAAGCGAGAUGCCGCUCGUUGACGAAAUACCGAUGAAGCCGCUAAUAGUCCAGCCACACACGAUCGUCUUGAAGUACCACAGAAAAGUACUGCCUUUCAAACAGACCAUCGCAGGUAGAUUAGACGCAGCGUAUAUAUCGGAUAUGUCCGUAUGCCGCGCUCGUCACGCUCGCGUCGGAUUCGGCCCCGCCGGCACUCUAGCAUUCACAACUUCAUACGAUUCCGUCAACGAUCUACCUAAAUCGGCUGACCUCUCAGAGCUAGGCAGAUACGUGCGCGGCCGGGCCAGCAACGACUGGUCGGAGCCCGUACUCGUUAGAAUGGCCAUUGGACAAUCAGAUAAAGACGAUGGGAUGAUGGAUGUACUGAAGAAACACUUAGAAACGUUACUGGAAUACUCGUCACUGACUGAGGUGGAUGAAAAUCAGUGUCCUCAACUCAGACUAUCACAGAGUCCACGCGACAGACGCGCCGUACUUUCGCAGUACCUCAAAGACUCCGCCAAAGUACUGACUAGACAUAAGUUUGGCGUGUCCGGGGCCUACUGUAACGAAGUUUGGCGACUUUGUGACGCUCUAUGGGGGGCCGAUCUCGAUAAUGAUGGUGUACCAGGCACGGAUCCUCUGUCGAUAGUGAACAGGCAUCGUCAGUUUUUGGACUGGUUGAAGACAGCUGUAGCUGAAGCCACUGACGAGGAUCUGUCUAAACCAACCUCCGGGGAGAAGGAAGAUGAAUCAGACGGGCACAGCGUUCGAAUAUGGACUCUCCUCCUCGGUGGCCGGAUCCUGGAGGCUUGUAAGGUGGCCAAGGAACACGGAGAUCUGAAUAUGGCCAUUCUUCUGUCACAAGCUGCCGGCGAUCCAUCAUUCCGUUCUCUGAUCAGUCGCCAGCUGUCUCAGUGGCGUGAAUGUGGGGCUGACUCCCUGAUAUCAUCCCACCGGUGGGCUACCCUACUCCUAGUUGCUGGACUCUCAACUCCACGCGACAAACUCAUUGAGACCGACUGGCUGAGAGCUCUGCAUUGCACUGCUAGAUACCUCUGCCCUCACGUGCCCUCCCUCGAGCAGGUGCUGCGUACAUACGAGGGAUUCUUCUACCCCUCGUCUGAGGAGCAGGACCCUGAUCUCUCCGUCAUAGAGGCGGAUGAGAUGUCGAUGCAACUACCCUUACCUCCAUAUGUUAACCAGUAUGAUGUGACCGUUGUCAACAAUGGAAAACAGCGUCGCGUGCUCGACCUUCGUUAUGAGUUGAUAAGGGCGCGCGCCCUCAACAUUCGUCCCAAACUUCGGCCCGCAUCAUACACCCCGGACCCCAUGGACUACAGCUUGUGUUUCCUACUGGGCACGUGGUUUGGCAAUCCAGAUAUUGCCAGUAUAACUGGAAUAGCUGAACAACUCGAGGCGGCCGGACAUUGGCACCUAGCUGUAUUAACGCUUGCCUACCAUCCCGACCAGACCGCCCGCGGUCACCUAAUACGCGCCGUAUUAUCACGCCACGCCCCCGCCAAAGCGGAGUCAGCGGAGAUGAAGGCUCGUCUAGAAUUAAUUAGAAGACUGAAAGUACCUGAAAAAUGGUUGUUAUUGGCACAAGCACAUCGGGCUAAAUAUGAGAAAACUACACAAUUGCUUAGCAUGACCUCUGACGACUUGUUUCAGCGUCUCCCUGCAGUGGAAGCGGAGCAUCUAGCUGGGGCUGGACAUUGGAACGCGGCCCACAAGGUUCUCAUAGAGGAAUUAUUACCGGAGGCCGUACUAGCUGAUGAUCUGCAGAGCAUAUCCCCCUUACUGGAACGGAUGCACGAAGCUGCUCAACGCAGCGAGGUGGCUGGAUGGGAGACUGGGGGCCAGGCAAUACAUCAUUACCUUCAUGUUUGUGAUGAGACGUUUUGUAUACACUAUGGUUGGUCUGCCUGGGCUGAGCACCGCCGUGUACUCAGGGAAGUGAUCGGCGGCGACCUCUCGCGCCCGGCCUUAGUCGAGGCCAUGGUGCGGAGCGAGAGGGACUGGGACGCCGUCUCCUCCUUCUGUGAAGCAGUUAUGCUCGCAAAGAGGGAGGCGGCCCGCGUGAGAGAGCAAUCCUCCUCCUCACGCCCCAGCCGCCGCAAUAGGCGACACUACGGGCGUCGGGGAUCAAGGGACGAUCUCCGGCCACCGUAA